UGCCCGCGAAGGAACUGCGCAGGCAACCAGCCGUUUUAUGACAGCAAUUGCUACACUAGUUUGUAAAGAUAAAACGGCCAACUAAUAUACCAAAUGGUUUCUUCAGCUGCACAAAUAAUUCACUCUUCCUCAAAAUACCGAACAGUUGGCAGCAACAUUAAUUCUGUAGCUAACUAGCUACUACCACGUUCUAACUAAUUUGUUGCACGAUUUCAUUAUUUAUCGGAAUGUCGGACACUCUAGGGGACGGAAAGUUGGAGCUGAAACAAGCCAGCAAAGAAGUAAAGGAGAGCGAGAACGUGGCGGAAAAAUACUCAGCCAUGACAGUGAGCAAGAACAGCGAAAUUGUCAUGGGUGAACUGUCAGUGUCGUCCGCUGCGUUUAGUGCGGUCCCUACUCACAAACCUGUCAAAAAGCAAAUCCAGUUUGUGGAAGACAAGCAAGAGUUCAGCAAGUUUCCUACCAAGGCAGGACGACGCUCCCUGUCUCGAUCGAUCUCUCAGUCAUCCACCGACAGCUACAGUUCAGCUGCGUCCUACACGGACAGCUCUGACGAUGAAACUUCACCACGGGACAAAAUACAGGUCAAUUCCAAGGGCACCAACGACUUCUGUGUGAAGAACAUCAAACAUGCCGAAUUUGGUCGCCGCGAGAUUGAGAUUGCAGAACAAGAUAUGUCAGCAUUAAUCUCGCUCAGGAAGAGAGCCCAGGGAGAGAAGCCACUUGCUGGGGCUAAAAUCGUUGGCUGCACUCACAUCACUGCCCAGACUGCAGUGUUGAUUGAGACUCUGGUGGCACUGGGGGCCCAGUGUCGCUGGACAGCCUGUAACAUCUACUCCACACAGAACGAGGUGGCAGCUGCCCUCUCAGAGAUCGGUGUGGCUGUUUUUGCCUGGAAGGGGGAAUCGGAGGAUGACUUCUGGUGGUGUAUCAACAAGUGCAUCAACAUGGAGGGGUGGCAGCCUAACAUGAUCCUUGAUGACGGAGGGGACUUGACUCACUGGGUGUAUAAGAAAUACCCCAACGGCUUCAAGAAGAUCAGGGGCAUUGUGGAGGAGAGUGUGACUGGGGUCCACAGGUUGUACCAGCUGUCCAAAGCAGGCAAGCUGUGUGUGCCAGCCAUGAAUGUAAAUGACUCUGUGACAAAGCAGAAGUUUGACAACCUCUACUGCUGCAGAGAGUCUAUCUUGGAUGGCCUGAAGAGGACCACAGAUGUGAUGUUUGGAGGAAAGCAGGUGGUUGUCUGUGGUUAUGGCGAGGUUGGGAAAGGUUGCACUGCCGCACUGAAAGCCAUGGGAUCCAUCGUCUACGUCACAGAGAUUGAUCCCAUUUGCUCCCUGCAGGCCUGCAUGGAUGGCUUCAGGGUGGUCAAGCUUAAUGAGGUCAUCCGUCAGGUGGACAUCAUCAUCACAUGCACUGGGAAUAAGAACGUGGUGACCAGGGACCAGCUGGACCGUAUGAAGAACGGCUCCAUCGUGUGCAACAUGGGACACUCCAACACUGAGAUUGACGUGGCAAGCCUGCGUACCCCAGAGCUGACCUGGGAGAGAGUGCGCUCUCAGGUGGACCAUGUCAUCUGGCCUGAUGGCAAGAGGGUCAUCCUGCUGGCUGAGGGUCGUCUUCUGAACCUCAGCUGUUCCACAGUUCCUACCUUCGUCCUGUCAAUCACUGCCACGACCCAGGCUCUGGCUCUUAUUGAGCUGUACAAUGCUCCAGAGGGCCGCUACAAACAGGAUGUCUACUUGCUUCCCAAGAAGAUGGAUGAGUAUGUUGCCAGCCUGCACCUGCCCACCUUUGAUGCCCACCUAACGGAGCUCUCAGAUGAGCAGGCCAAAUACCUGGGCCUCAACAAGAAUGGCCCAUUCAAACCCAACUACUACAGGUACACAUCUCCCUGCUAACAUCCCUUUAAAUGUCACCAAAAUAUCAGAUUUAUGUCAGAUUUAUCUUCAUUUUUGCAUUUCAUCCCCACAGCCACAACACAACAACAUCAUCCCCCACAGCCACAACAAAUGUUCUUAUUGGUACAAUCAAGUUAAGUCAAGGUUUUUAUAACUUUAGUACAUACAUUUGACUAAUAUUUUUAUUUUUGGUAUUCAUAGGUAUUAGCUUGCAUGAACAGACCACAACUCUGCACUCCUUGACUUGGACAAGGCCUGGAUAAGAUAAUGAAAUAUAUAUAUAUAUAUAUAAGCUCCUAUUCCUUCAUCUUCUACAGUAGGUGUUACCCUGUUUCACUUGCUGUUUUGUGUGUUUAGUUCCACCAUUAGUUCUGUAAAUACACACUCUAACAAACCAACAUACAGGACCCCGCUGGCCAUCAAUGACCAAUUGAAAGUACAGCACCUAAACUCAGCUAUUUAUAUUUAUUUAUAUACACGUCUGAUUUCAUUCCCACUCUCCAGUAGAAUAGACAUUUUUCUGAUGUGUUAUUUGUAGUUUGAUAGAUCUUUAUUAUUGUGCCAAUUGAUUGUGUAGGGAAGGGGAUUCUUGUAAUUGAGAUGUAUAUUUUCUGUCUGCAUUGAUGUCGCUCUUCUCAAAUAAUUACAUUCCAGCCAAGGGAACAGGGAGAAAUGGCCUCCACACUAGAAAGACUCAACCUCAAUGUCCCAUUGAAAUGCAUUGUCACAUUUCCUACUGGACCAUGUGUAUACCCAUAUAGAUGUUUACUACCAGCUUGUCAUUUUACUGAUCUCUAUCUCUCUUCCUCUGAAACAGAACUGAUGUUUUAUUGAAAAUAUGAGUACCUGUACUGACUUUACUGUAUUGGGGCGGCAGGUAGCCUAGUGGUUAGAGCGUUGGGCCAGUAACCGAACAGUUGAUAGAUUGAAUCCCCGAGCUGACAAGGUAAAAAUCUGUCGUUCUGCCCCUGAACAAGGCAGUUAACCCACUGUUCCUAGGCUGUCAUUGUAAAUAUGAACUUGUUCUUAACUGGCUUGCCUAGUUAAAUAAAGGUUAAUUAAAAAUGUUUUUUUUUUUAAAUAGACUAAAGGGCAGACAUAUAGUAUAUGAUUUUCUUUGAAUAGUACAUGUGUGCAUGUACAGUACAGAAAUGCAAUUAUCUUCACUAACAACAUUUCUAAGUGUAAGAUACAGAAAGGUAUGUGCAACCAGAAGAGUGACUAUCCAAUCUGGCACUGGUUUUGAUUGAGUCUCACAUGGUAAUAUGGUAAUAACACUGGAAUGUUUUGCAUUGUAGGAGUCUUAUCAGACUUACAAGGACAAUAGUGCAUUGCUAUUUCUCCAUUCCUGGUCUAAACAAUGUGGAAUUAAGUUUAUUGAAGUUUAUUAAAUACAGUAGUUGGCUGAUUUUAGUAUUGUUAUUACUAGUAGUAACAAGUAUCCCUGUUUGUGUGACGUGAAUCUGUUUUUCACUUAACGUUCCUGAUCACCAUGUUGUCCUUCUGUCUGUUCUCUGCAUCCAUACUUGCCUGUUUUCAUGUCACCAUCACAUUGAAAGGUCUACUCCAUAAGGAGAGUUGUUAUUCAGUUGAGUAAUGUUGUUUUUUAGUUCCACCUGCCGAUGGAUAUUACACAGGGUAAAUAAUCUGUAUGUAUUACCGGUGCAUUUAAAAUGACAUCCACUGUCACUCUGGUCUGGUAACAUGGGACACUGAGUCUGUUGAAUAUAGACCACAUCUGUGUGUACAAUUUUCAGUGUUCUGUCCUUCCAUUUUAGCUGUGUGAAACAACAGAUACUGUUUUAUUUGUAUAUAUAUUAGGUGAUCCAACUGUGAGAUAAAGCGCUUUCUUCUUUGCACUACUUAAAGCUGUUGAGCAUUACAACCAAGGACAUGCGUGAGAAGGACAUUGUUGGAGGGGUAUUGGCGUCGUAACUUUGGUUACUGGUCAAGUGACAGUGCCUUGUGACCUAUCUGCUACUGCACAUAUUCAUCAGUUGUAGGAUUAUGUCUGUCCACUCUAUUCCUCUUUGAAAGCUGUCCAACAGUGUUCUGAUUCUGCAGUAUAAUCACUAUGCACCAAGAUGUGCAUCACUGUAGUGGUCUCAUAUAAAUAUUUGUACUUAUUGGGGGUACCCAAACUGUUUAAUGUGUCAGCAUUUAGUUACUUCCAUUGUAAGAGAACAUAGUAGUUUGAAUUUACCUGUUUUGGACUGUUUUUGAGUUACAGUAAAUCUUUAUUUCUUCCCUUGGGUAUUGUCUGUAUAGCACUACCAAAAGCAUGCCAUGAAGUAAAACCAGAAUGCCUUUACAUGCACUGUGUUGUUUACAAGGCCUCUGAAUUCAAAUUCUGUUUUAGUUAAUUGAAUCUCCCAUACUUUAGAUUUGUUUAUACUGUCAGAACCAUAACGACUAGCAGGAUGUCGUAAUAACUGACAAAUAUAGUCAGUUUAUCAAACCCUGUCUAGCAGUUAAGUGUUAUCUGACCAGCUCACAAGUCCAGGGUCAUUUGGAUGUUGUAUGCAACAGUGUUCUGCAAUUUGGGCUAAUUAAGUGACUGUCGGUGACUGAUGCACACUACCAAAUUUCGAAAUUGCACCUUGUGUAUUCUACUAUUCCAACUAUCAAAAAUAAGUUGAGACCCCGACUGAAUUCCUCAAAUGUAUUUAUUUAUUUUUUGGGUGAAAUUGAUCCGCAGGCCUACAAAAGGGGGGCCGUGGGGCGCCAGUGCACAUCCCUGAUGUAAAGCAAGGAGCACUGUGAUGUACAUGAUGCGAGAAUCAUUUAUGUAUCUCUGGUUGUGACAAAACUACCUUUUUUUAUUUGAGCUUUGCAAAUUAAAUUAUAUUGUUAAAUUAUACAGCACUAUGUAUUAUUUUUCUGUGUAUUAUCUGAGUGGUUGAUGUAUAGUCUGGCUGAGUCAACUCAAGUUGUUUUACUUUAAUCUGACUGAUCUCUGAUGCUGCUAUUUGUUUUUCUGCUUUCUGUUGGUUGAUGUGUACCGAUCCCUUUAAUAAACUUUUCAGUGUUUGAAAUAAAACCUGCUAGUGCA